CAGCCCUUAAAAUCGGAAACACUGAGGAAAGAAGGAAGACAUGAAGCUAUGGUGCCGCACUUGAAGAAAAAUGAAUGGAGACACGCUUUUCUGAGUGAAAAGGAACUUAUAGCUGUGCUGAAGUGGCAGACAAACGAACGUUGUUCAGGCUUAGUAGGACGUCACAUGUGGCACAGAUAGAGGCUGACAGCUUGCUCAGGCCAGACUGAUGUCAAAUCCUGGAUCUGCAGGACACAGCGACAAGCGGACCAAAACAUGGGCUUGCUGUCUGUUCUGAGGAAACUUAAAAACUCUCCAGAUCAGGAAGUGCGCAUUCUGCUGCUGGGACUGGACAAUGCAGGCAAAACCACGCUGCUGAAACAGCUGGCAGCAGAGGACAUCAGCCACAUCACUCCUACUCAGGGCUUUAACAUAAAGAGCGUUCAGUCUCAGGGUUUCAAGCUGAAUGUCUGGGACAUCGGGGGCCAGAGGAAGAUCCGACCUUACUGGAGGAAUUAUUUUGAGAAUACAGAUCUCUUGAUCUAUGUGAUUGACAGCGCAGACAGGAAACGGUUCGAGGAGACAGGCCAGGAGCUGGCUGAACUACUGGAGGAGGAGAAGUUAAGCAUGGUGCCAUUGUUAAUUUUUGCCAACAAACAAGAUUUGAUGACUGCAGCAUCCGCAUCCGAGCUGGCUGAGGGGCUCAGCCUUCACACUAUUAGAGACCGAAUUUGGCAGAUCCAACCCUGCUCUGCUGUCAGUACUGAAGGAGUACAGGAUGGGAUGAUGUGGUUAUGCAAAAAUAUUCCAACCAGGACCAAAUGAUUCACAACACAAAUUGAGGGGACUGAACCCUGUUGUCAGACGAUUAGACUUGGUCAUAGACAGAUGUACUUCUUCUGUUUCAUCACUAGAGAGCGGCAUCUCCCCAGUAUUAGACAAAGGCAGGGAGAAGUCAGGUAACUGUACUUUACACCAUUAAGUGAAUUUUACAUGAAGGAUGCAGAAAUAUACACAUAAAUAAUUAUUAUUCACUUCAGCAGGCUAGUGUUGCUGUAAUGCAUCUGCCCAAUAUUAGAACUUG